UCCUUUUACGGUCCAUUUUUUUUAAAAAAGGGGUAACAUUGUUAAUUGUUAUCUCCUUCCUUCCUCCGCAAAAGGGAUUCUUUCCACACAAAAAAGAAGAAACGAAACUUACCCUUUCAUCUUCCGCUCAAAGUCGCAGCCAUUUCAGGCUUUCUCCAUCUCUAUCUGAGACUCGCAAUAUUUUCUUUCCUUUCGUUGCCUUGAAUUCAAGAUUUCUUCCGCUGUCCCCUCGAUAAAAUCUCUUGUGGGUCUGCGUGAAUUUGCUGUUCGGGGUCAAAUCUGUCGCUCAAUUGGGAUUUUGCGUUUCUCUGUUUAGGGAUGUGAAAAUUUCUUCGACGGGUACGGAAUUGAAAAGCAGGCAGCAAUGAAGUCCGGCAAUGCGUUAGUGAUUGGGUUGAGCCUAGUGUUUGGUUGUCUCUUUCUAGCCCUCGCUGCGGAGCUCUACUAUCUGCUAUGGUGGAAGAGGAGAAUCAGCAGCCGGGAGAGUGAAGGGGAAGACGCCGAAGAUUUCAGCCGUGGCAGCAACAGCGGUGGGAAUUACGCCAAGGAGUUGAUUCAUCUCGUCUGCUGGAAGAAGCCUUCAUCCUCGGACGCCGCCGCCAAACCCGACCCGAAGCCCCAUUCCCAAUCCGAACCCGACCUGGAGCUCGGCUCAGACGAGGGGAAAGAUUCGCUGCUCAAAGGCGGCGCUGCCGGGGAAGGAGGAGGAGGAGGGGAAGAGAGCGUGGAAUUGGAGCUGAUGCGGCUGCACAAUCUCGCCGGGCCGCCGCGGUUUCUGUUCACGAUUAACGAGGAGUCGAAGGAGGAUUUGGAGUCGGAGGACGGGAAAUCGAGAUUGGGCAGCCGGCAAGGGUCGAGGACCAAGAGCCUGAGCGACAUUCUCCUCGCUGUCGAUACGGCGACGCCGCUGUUCACCCCUCUGGAAUCUCCCCGCUACUCCAACCCUCUGGAGUCGUAUCACCGCCAAGGGUUCAACCCUUUAUUUGAAUCUUCUGCAGAAGCAGAGCUCAACCGGCUGAGAUCCUCGCCGCCGCCCAAGUUCAAGUUCUUGAGAGACGCCGAGGAAAAGCUGCUGAGGAGGCUGUUGGAAGAGGCCCAGCGCCGCGGCGUCGGCAGCGAUGGGGAAUCCAAGGGUUCCGUCCUGGGUUUGGAGGAGGGGAAGCCUCUGUAUCCAGCAAUGGCGGCGGAAGUAAUGGGAGGGUCGUUUCUGGGGUUUCUGUAUGCGAAAAACAGAGAGGUCCGAGUCCAUCGUCUGCCUCCAUUGUCUUCCUCCACCACUUCUUCUCAGGUAAUUCCGUUGGCUUCUUCCCCAACGUCGACGAUUUCGGACCUUUAGUCGUAAAAUCAGAGAUGGGUUUAGCUUAAUUUUGUUAGAUUUAACCUGUAAUUGAGUCUCAUUUCGUUCUUCCUCUCGGGUUUUAUUACCUCAUAUUCAUUCCCUUUCCCAAUCCCCAGUUCAUUCUUGCUCAGAAUGGACAGAUAGACUACUUGAGAUAUGUUUUUUCCCUUCUUCUCCCCCAUUAUUGCAUCUGCUCUGUAUAUAUCCUGAUUUUGUUUUAUCAUAUGCUGCUUGCUUCACAUGGGUUGUGGUUAUUAUUGGUGAUGAAUGAAACCAUGGCUGGCUAGCUGGAGAGCCAGAGUGCGACAAUAACAUUUGUUUGGGAUGGAGCCCACGCCACGCCCCUCGAUCGGUUCCAUUCCGUGGCAAAAAUCUGUCAGAAGUGGUUAUAGUAUACUGUAUGUACAGUAGUGCUUGGCUCAAGUGGGAAGAGCAGAUUCUGGUUUCAAACGCCAUUGAUGGUCCCUCCAAACUCGUUAUCCAGUCUAGGGUUGUUAGGAGGAGGUUGAUUCUUUAAAAGUUUGAAACAGAAGAAAUUGGCCGCCGCACAAUUCGUUGGUGCAAGCGCGUAACGAUGAUAAAUCAUAAUUAAGGGAAUGGCUUACAGCUAAUGCUCGUGUGUUCUUGCAAGUGAAAACAGCUUUGAUUUGAGGAUGAAAUAGUUGAACUUUGUGGCAUGAACUGGUUAUUUUUUUCUCUUCCCAAUCUGCUCUUUUCUUUUACCUUCCUUUUUUCUGAACACUUUUCGUGAUUAGAGGGGGGAGAGAAGCAAAGAGGAGGAGGAAAAGGCAAAAAGCUUCUAGAUUCUUGAUUAUUCUUCUUUUCUCUUGUUCUUUCCUUGGCCUUUUGGGUUUUAUGCGAUUAGUAAUGGCGAAAACACAAUAUGAACUUGAGUAGCAGCUAAAAAUAUGAUAGUAUGGCAACUUUUUACAAUCGAAUUGUCCUGUCAUUUUACAAUAUUUUUUUUCUAAUUGUACGAUAAUCUCAUAAUGAAUAUCGAAGGGGGCG